UAGAUCAUGAUAUAACGUUAAAAUCAAUUAUUUUUCCAUAUUUUGAAAAAAAAAAAAAAAGAGUUCAGAAAAUAUUUGAUGUCGGAAGAACACCGUUGAGUUGAUCAGGGCCCUUUUUCCCCUCCUUUCCCCUCCGGUGCAUGGCACUGACUACAGAAGAUCCUGGGCGCCCAAGCGCUCUUCAGUCAUGGCAGCCCGCAUCACAUUCCUUGUUUGCAGCCUUUUCCUCUUCAAGACUGUUUGUCCCGUAUAUAGGUCAACUAUUUGUGUUUCGUUUCCAAAUGUUUUUCUACUCUCAGGAGCUGCCAAGUGCACCGAAAGCCAACUAGCCUGAGACAAAAGAAAAACAAAUAGACCAGUGCAUCCGCCUUACUAAUUUUGAUGCUCUAUAUCAACUUCUUAUGUUGUACCUUCAAGUUCCAUAGAUUUAUUCUUUGUAGUAUUUGUAUUACGUGUAUCUGAUUCUGUGUUUUUCUAUUUGGUGCUAAAGUUUUAAGUGGUUUAAAAUGCUGUCACUCCAUAGGUGAAAGUCUUCUUGAGCUGAUGUAUUCACUACAUUUGGAAGCUGUACAGUCAUUAGCUUCUUAGCUGCGCUGCUUCCUGAUACUGAAGAGUCUGGGAUUUUUGUUCAUGUAGACUGUUCAAAAUGAAUGAACAUCCUAAAAAGAGGAAAAGGAAGACUCUGCAUCCUUCUCGUUACUCAGAUUCUUCAGGUGCAAGCAGAUACAUAGACAACAGUGGGAUUUUUUCUGACCACUGCUAUAGUGUCUGUUCCAUGAGACAGCCAGAUAUAAACAGAGGUAGAUUCCACAGUCCUGUGCAGAGCCUGGACACGGAUGAUGACGGCAGUCCCGUGCACGCCGGGAGCUCCCACUGGAGCGGGGCACACUCAAACGCUGGCAUGCACUGCACAGACCCGAAAAAGAAGGAUAAAGGUAAAGAUAAAGGUACUAACAAUGGAAUGUGCAGAGACUUAUGUGACUCACCUAUAUUCAGUGACAGCCCCACAGAAGAAGAGAAACCUCUAGAUAUCCAAACUGUAGAAAUUUCUACAACAGAAGUGAAUGCUGUAGAAGUUCACGAUAUAGAAACACAGACUGUGUCACCUGAGAAGCUGGAAGCUGAGGACCUUGAGGAAAUCCCUCUGGAGACCUGUAAAAUCUUUGAGAAGAACCAGGCUUUGAAUAUCACAGCUCAACAGAAAUGGCCCUUGCUGAGAGCCAACAGCAGCGGCCUGUACAAGUGUGAGCUCUGUGAGUUCAACAGCAAGUACUUCUCUGAUCUGAAGCAGCACAUGAUCCUGAAGCAUAAGACAUGUACAGACACUCACGUCUGUAAAGUUUGUAAAGAAAGUUUCUCCAGCAAAGUGCAACUCAUUGAGCACGUAAAACUCCACGAGGAGGAUCCGUACAUCUGUAAAUACUGCGAUUACAAAACGGUGAUUUUUGAGAACCUGAGUCAGCACAUAGCAGACACCCACUUCAACGACCACCUGUACUGGUGUGAGCAGUGUGAUGUGCAGUUCUCCUCCAGCAGCGAGCUGUACCUGCACUUCCAGGAGCACAGCUGUGACGAGCAGUACCUGUGCCAGUUCUGUGAGCACGAGACCAACGACCCCGAGGACCUGCACAGCCACGUGGUGAACGAGCACGCGUGCCGGCUCAUCGAGCUGAGCGACAGCUACCACAGCAAGGAGCGGGGCCAGUACAGCCUCAUCAACAAAAUCACUUUUGACAAAUGCAAAAACUUCUUUGUGUGCCAGGUGUGCGGCUUUAGGAGCAGGCUGCACACCAAUGUCAACAGGCACGUAGCUAUUGAGCACACCAAAAUAUUCCCUCAUGUUUGUGAUGACUGUGGGAAGGGGUUUUCAGGUAUGUUGGAAUAUUGCAAGCACCUAAGCUCUCAUUUAUCUGAAGGGAUUUAUUUGUGUCAAUACUGUGAAUAUUCAACAGGACAAAUUGAGGACCUUAAAACUCAUUUGGAUUUCAGGCAUUCAGCAGAUUUGCCUCAUAAAUGUACUGAUUGUUUAAUGAGGUUUGGGAAUGAAAAAGAUCUUUUAAGUCAUCUUCAGAUACAUGAGACGGUGUGAUUGCUUUCUUUCCCUGUAACCAGUUUGUUUAGAAUUUGAAUUUAUUUCCAGUCACUGGAAUGUGAUAUUAAAUACAAUUUUAACAGCAACUGUACAUUUCUAAUGUUUUCAUCUUUAUAUCAGCAAAGCAUGUCUAGCACUUGGUGUUGUGAAUUUCCUUGUCUAGGGGUUUCAGUAGGAAUAAUCACAUUUACACUGUGGUGGAUCAGAUUUUGGGGGGAGGGACAGGGGGAGUAAUUGCAUGUUGUGAUACCAGUUCUGGUGGUUAUCCUGCUCUUUCAUGUCUAGUGUACAGGACCAGCUCUCUUGAGUUUAAAAAGGCACAAAAACAAAGCAAAUAUCUAAAUCUAUUCUUUAAUAACCCAAUACUGGUCUCAGUUCCACAUCCAGCUCAUGUUACCUUGGGUGGCAGCAGGUCACUGCACUGGUGUUUAGCAGUAGCACUGGCCUGCCAAAGAUAAGGGUGCUCCAAAAGCUCCCAGGCAUGGACAUCUCCAGAUUCCCAUACCAGCCUUCAUUUCCCACCUCACGCUCCUGAUAAGCUUUUUCAAUUGUCCUGUUUUAUUCCUGGGAUACCUUUCUGACCUCACUGUUCACUUUGUUCUGUGUUUAAGUCCCAUCUGUGGGACGUCCAACACACUCUUGCACAUACAUACUGCAUGACUCCCACAUGAUAUUCCCUUUAUUUACCUUCUUCCUGUCUUUUAAUGCAUUGAGGAGACACACAUUGCUUGGGUUUGUAUUAGAUCAUGUUCUAUAGAGUAAUUGCAAAAGGAAUUUGCAAUGAUCUGCUGAGAAUGUACAAAAUGAAUUUCUUAUAUAAAAUCCUAAUAUAGCUCUUACUGAAAUUAUGGAUGUCACCAACCUCUUGACUAGAGAAAACUUCUAGUAGUCUAUAUUAUUGUAGUAAUUCUGUAUAUUUAUAAUUAUCUUUCCACCACUAGUAACUUGAGGAAUGUUAUUUGAACUCUGUAAAUUUAAAAAUUUUAUAUACGGGCUUAAAAGACUGGUACAUUACACAAUUUUUACUAAUGACUCUCAAAUUAUUUCACACAUUUGUUUAUAUAAUACAAAGCACAAUUCUACCUUUGUAAUCAUUGGAAGUGAGUUUUUACAGUUCAUUCUGUAGCUCUAUAUCUGAGUGGAUACUUGGACAGAUAAAAGAAGAGUGGGGUCACUUAGAUCAUGCUAGACACCAUGGUGAAAAUACUCAUAAUAAUUACUAGUGGAGUUUACAUUUCUUUCUUCAUUGAUUGUAAAUUUGUAAUGUAAGAUUGUCUAAUGCAAGCUUUGUAUAGAGAUAAUUAAUGUAUCAAAAAUUUCUUGUUCAGUGAGGUUUGGUGUUACCAGCUUCAAGGCAUGCAAGGGUCUUUGGAUUUGAUUUUUAAAGCCAAGGGUAAAACUUGGCUGAAUGUUAUUGAUUAAUGGAAGUUCUGAUUUCCAGAGAAGUAUUUCUGGAAAAUCUAUGAACCACUUGGUGGUAAUUUUGUUGUGAGAGGCAAGACCAUUUCUGUCACAUUGAAAUGCUGAUAUACUACUAGAUUUUGUGUUUUGUCAUUGAAAGGGCAACCUGAGAGUGUCUUGCUGUACUUUAUUACUCCCUUGUAUAGAGAAUGACAGUAUCUGUGGUAGAAUUGCUGAUUUCCUAUUUUGAACACAUUCUUCCCUGGCUGGCUUAAAAUAGUAGCAAUAAUAUAGUUAACAAAGCACUAA